CCAUUCCACUCCGAAUCCCCUUCCGCCCACAGAUCGACCCGACCCGACCCGACCCGCGCCGCAAUUUGAUUUGAUUUCCUCCUUCUCCGCCGCCGACCUCGCCGCCGGUCGCCGCGGGGUCUAGCCGGGGAUGCCGCCCAAGAGGAAGCGCGGUGGCGGGAGGCCGCGCAAGGCCCCGGAGGACGCCGCCGCCAAGGAAAACGGUGAGAAGACAAACAAGGAGGAGGAAACGCAGGCUUCUCCUGAGGAGAAUGGCGCAGGGCAGACUCAGGCCUCGAGAACCGCAAGAAAGCGCAGGAAGGGUCCUGUUGCUGAUCCCUCUUCGACUGAACUUCCACCCAGGAAGCUCAGGGACAGGCGGAACGUUCCAGCGGUAGACUACAAGGAGAAUAAGCACACAAAAAAGAUGGAUGGAACUUCAACCAUGUGCCAUCAGUGCCAAAGGAAGGACAGUGGAAGAGUUGUGAGGUGCCGGAAUGGUGCUGAAAAAAACAGGAGGCACAGAUAUUGUGUCAAGUGCAUCAAACGCUGGUACCCGCAUCUAACAGAGGACGAUUUUGAGAACUGCUGUCCAGUUUGUCACAAUAACUGCAAUUGUAAGACUUGUCUGCGGACAAAUGUAAUAAAUAAGGGUGACAAGGAGUUUGCCGAUGGUAAGAACAAAAUUAAAUACUCUCUGCGUAUUGCACGCUUUUUGCUCCCUUGGUUGAAACAACUUCACCAAGAGCAGAUGCUAGAGAAAAGUGUUGAGGCCACAAUUAAAGGGAUCGAUGUAACUGACUUGGAGGUUCCUCAAGCUCAGUUUAAUAAUGAUGAGCGGAUUUACUGUGAUAACUGCAGAACAUCCAUUGUUGACUUCCACAGAAGUUGUAAAAGUGGUCACUAUGAUCUCUGCCUCAGCUGCUGCCAGGAGUUGCGUCAAGGUCUUACUACUGGUACUGUUGUCACUUGUGACACAGCUGUUGAUGUACCUGAAAUAGAAGGCAAGGAAGGUUUGCAAGAGGGAAGUAGUCAUAGCAGUGCUGUAGGUCAAGGGGCUUCUGAUCAACAGAAUGACAGGUUGAUAGGUAGUGCAGCUCCUUCAGAGGAUUGCACUCCUAGUUUGAUAUGGAGGGCAAAAAGCAACGGAAGCAUACCAUGCCCACCUAAUGCAGGUGGUUGCGGGGAUUGUCUUCUCGAACUUAGGUGUUUGUUUAAGGAGAACUUUAUUUCUGAUUUACUGGAUAAAGUCAAUUCAGUGGUCAAUAAGGAAACAGAGCAGGAGUUGGGAGGCUCUAGAUGUUCCUGCUUCACUGAAUCCGGUGAAGUGAACAAUGAAACAUCACGGAAAUCAGCUUGCAGAGAGGACUCCAAUGAUAACUACAUAUAUUGUCCAACUGCUAGAGAAGUUCAAAGUGGAGCUUUAGAUCAUUUUCAGCAGCAUUGGUUGAAUGGUCAGCCAGUCAUUGUUCGUGACGUGCUUGAGCUAACUUCUGGACUGAGCUGGGAGCCAAUGGUUAUGUGGCGGGCCUUACGGGAAAAGAGAGACAAGAAAGAGCAUGAACGGCUCUCAGUUAUAGCUCUUGAUUGUCUGACAUGGUUUGAGGUUGAUAUAAAUAUUCACAUGUUUUUUGAGGGGUAUUCCCGUGGAGCUGUUGGUUCGGAGGAUUUGCCUGUGCUACUUAAGCUUAAAGAUUGGCCACAACAUAGUUCCUUUGAGGAGCGCCUGCCGCGGCAUGGUGCUGAGUUCAUGUCUGCACUACCAUUUCGUGAGUAUACAGAUCCAAAAUCUGGUCCCCUUAAUCUGGCAGUGAAGCUUCCAAAACAUGUUAAAAAGCCAGAUCUUGGUCCAAAGACAUACAUUGCUUAUGGUGUCGCCCAAGAGUUGGGAAUAGGUGAUUCUGUUACGAAGAUCCAUUGCGACAUGUCUGAUGCGGUUAAUAUUCUCAUGCAUACUGAUGAGGUAGAACUCAAAGCUGAAAGGAUUACAGCAAUAGAGAAAAAGAAAGAGAGCUUACGUAAAGAUGGCAAGAAUCUUCAUGUUCUGCGACCAGACCAUGACGAUGAUACAUCAAUAGCUCUCAGUGAAUCAACUGAAGUGCCAAGAUCUCGAGGACUUGAAAAUGGCUCAAGCAUUAAGCAGCCAGCACCAAAUGUUGCUGUAAUGGACCAGGGAGGUGUUCAUACAGAUAUGGUAGCUGAUGAAGCUGAGGGAAACUUGAGUCUGUCUAAUGGGCAAUCACCCAAUCAAAGUGAUGCACAUAAUAUGGAUAUUACUUUCUCCAAGGGGGAAACAGACCAUUCUAUCUGCACAAUUAAUGGGGGAGAGGAGAUGGGCAAUGGCUUUGGGAGGGAAGAUAAAUGUAAAUCUUCUCAUGGUGUAGGAUCAUCUGAAUCUUCUGAUUGUCAAAGACGCAGUAGGCGACGUGAUGCUUGCUCUUCCAGUGCAACAGGGGAAAUAAACGAAACCAGCAUGGAGACUAACAAAUUUACCAUAUCUAUUGAGCCCAAAGAUGAUCACCCAUUUGUUGAGGGAAAUCAGACAGAGGGUGGUGCAUUGUGGGAUAUCUUCCGACGUGAAGAUGUCAGCAAAUUGCAUGAUUAUCUGAUGAAGCAUGCAGAAGAGUUUAGACAUUAUAAUUAUGAAACAGUCAAACAGGUUUCUCAUCCUAUUCACGAUCAAUGCUUUUAUCUAACAAAUGAGCACAAGAGAAAGCUCAAGGAAGAACAUGGAAUUGAGCCUUGGACAUUUGAACAGAAACUUGGUGAGGCUGUGUUUAUCCCAGCAGGAUGUCCCCACCAAGUCAGAAAUUUGAAGUCAUGUAUAAAGGUUGCACUUGACUUUGUUUCUCCGGAAAAUGUGCAAGAGUGCAUCAGGCUGACAGAAGAAUUUCGCUUGCUUCCGAAGGGUCAUAGGGUGAAUGAAGAUAAACUAGAGGUUAAGAAGAUAGCUCUAUAUGCACUUGAUCAAGCCAUUGACGAUAUCACAGGCAAAAGUUGCAAUGAAAGGACAAAGGAUGAAGGGGAAGAGGAGGCGUCUGCCCCAAGUGUUAGUUAACCUGCAGAGGAAAAUCACCAAAAUUAGCCUGCACAAGGCCAUGUGCUGGAGUCCAAUAUGCAUGAUUUCUGCGGAGGCAUGUUUGUAGUUUAGAAACGGUUCUUCUCGUGAUAGGGUGAUGGCUAGUGAUUUUUUUGCAGCAGGUUUGUGGAGCUGGUUAUCAUUUUAGCUCUGUACCAUCAUAUACGGAGACGAUAGCUUUAACUACAGGACGGUUGAUUUUGUUACUUCAUCAUUGAGUUGUAUGGAGUUUACCCUUGAUUUGAUAGCAGAGAUGGAUGGGGGUGCGUCCUUGAUCUUUUUUUUGCUUGCUAGCCGACGAGUAACAAUCAUUUGUGCUACUGUAGUUUGUAACUUUGUAUUACCUUGUGUACAAUGGGCAUUUCAUGGUCGUUAAGGGCUCAAAGCAAUUGUAUUGUGGAGUCAGUCAGAUGGCCGUUGAAGUAUGUCUCGGAAAUUUGUACAUGGUGAUGAGAAAGCUUAUGUCUAGCAGAGAACAAAUAUCUAAUGUACUACAAUGAUUUUUUUAGAUAAUGCAAUGUACUACAAUGAUAUAUUUUAUCAUCU